GUUUCUCUCAUUCCAUUUUUACUCUCCAAAAAUGGAAAAUCGAUUCAAACUACGAAUCUCUCGCAUGUUCCGACCCUCAUUCGGAUCCUGCCGGACCCGGAAAGUCUCCGAUGUCAUCGAAAAACCCGUUUUCACACCUCAAGCCCAUAACAAUGCCCCAAUGUUCAACCCUUCACCAUCAGCGUCGCCACCAAAGGCUCGACCUUUCCCUUCCAUCUGUAAACCCAAAUGUCAUGAAUCAACCCAAAGCACCAUUAACCGUGAGUGUGUCAUGGUCACACCGAGAGAAACUAUCCCAAGUCUUAAAGUGUUUUCUCAUUACCCUCCUUUUGUUUUUUCAGGUUCAGCCCCUGGUUUUGAUGGCCGGAAAUUCCCUACCGGUAAUAACCCUUUGUCGCCAUUGAAUAUUUUUUCCGAUUGUAAAGACUUUGGGUUCUAUGAGAAGAAAAAAAGCAUGGAGAGACACAGAACGAAGAAGAAAAACAAAAGGGUUCAUCUCAGAAGCAAGAACACGUCGACCAGUGCCACGUUUUUCAGCUCAUCUUCUCAAGAAAGUGCUAAUAAUUAUUACAGUAAUCGCAGCAGUGGGUGGUGGUGGCUUAGCAGCGAAGAUGAAACCGAGACUCUUUUCUCUUCUCGGAACCUCUCGUCUGAUUCAUCCGAGCCCUUCACUGGCCGGCACCACAAACGACGUUCUAACCGGAAAACGUAUGACAAUGCUCGCCAGAGAAGGGCCAAGAAUCGUAGCCGCGAUAUGGUUUUUUUACCAUUGGAAGGAGUCGAUAAUGAUAAUGAGAGCAAAGUGAAAGACAGCUUUGCUGUGGUGAAACGUUCGAGUAAUCCGUACAAUGAUUUUCGGACAUCAAUGGUGGAGAUGAUCGUCGAGAGACAGAUGUUUGGCGCGGAGGAUCUGGAACAGCUGUUGCAGUGCUUUCUGUCGUUGAACUCUCAUCACCAUCAUAGGAUUAUCAUUGAGGUUUUUACCCAGAUUUGGGAGACUUUGUUCUGUAACUGCUCUUGAGAAUGUAGAAGAAACAAGAAAACCGCCUUCACUUUUCCUCCUUACAGCAUCUUCUCAAGAA